CAACCAACCAGCAACAUAUUUUAAAGUUUCCAUGUUUGACGAAAUAUAUUCGACAUUAUAUUUAUCCUAGCAUCACCUAAGGUAGUAAUAAAUAUUAUAAUUAUAUUUCUAUUUAUCUUCAUCUUCAUCUUUAUCUUUAUAUAUCAUACCGUCCUAAUAAUUCAUAUUAUAUCACAUCGUAUUAUUUUAUUUUCUCUUCUUACUCGAUCAAAGGGACCAUGACUUUCGCAAAACCUAUUGCAACACCUGUCCAGUCUUGCUGUACCUGCGCAACUCUUCUUCAUGAAGUUCCGCGUUAUAGCGACUCGGAAAAACCCUUACCCAAAGAUCGCCAGUUAGAGUGCUGUCAGCGAGUAAUAUGCGGUAACUGUCGUAGCAAAAAUCCUCGCUUUAAUACCUAUUGCCCCUAUUGUCAAAUUUCGUUAGUAGACACAAAACUCCCGCCUGGUCUAAAGGACCCUCCUUCGUACGAAUCAUCGGUCGCAACCGGUUCCUCAAAGAACCCCUCAGCAGCGCCACCACCCUAUACGCCGCCCGCAACCCAAAAAUUCCCGACCCAAUCAGAUGAAAAGUCCGGCGCUCUUGACGCUUUCGAUAAACCAGCAGAAGAUACCCUGCACUUCCUAAAUCAUGAGCAUGACACUAUUACUUCUCUUUCCCUCCGUUACGGUGUUCCUGCACCAGUUCUUAGACGCACCAACAAGAUCACGAGCGAUCAUCUAAUCUUGGGGCGACGGACCAUACUUAUACCUGGAGAGUAUUAUAAAGGCGGCGUGAGCUUGUCGCCACGACCUGUCGAAGGCGAAGAGGAAGAGGCCAGAAAAUCCAAGAUCCGACGCUGGAUGAUGGCAUGUAAGGUUCAUGAAUACGACGUUGCUGUUCUCUACUUGGAGCAGGCCGGCUAUGACCUCGAAAUGGCAACCGAGGCCUUCUUCGCAGACGAAGAGUGGGAGCAGACACACCCGGUUGAAACAGCGGGGAGAGGUAAAGGGAUUGCGAGGCAAGCUAAUAGUAAGAGCUCAUAUUGGAGGAAUCGUAGAGGAUAGAGACACAGAUGAAUGAAUAAAACUUGUGCUUGAAAUAUCGACGUCUCUGAAUUAUAUAGGCAUAAGUUUGUGCACAGUCUCGCGCAUGAAGGGGGUGUUGUACCUUUAGAAAGCUCAUAAAUUAAAUGGACAUGUU